AAUAUGGCCACCGUCUUGCGCAAAUUCCCAUCCUCAUCCCUCGACCCAUGACGACGUCGAUUCGUUGAAACCUUGAUUCAGAAAGUUGUCAAAGGAGAGGAAUCAUGUAUAGACGAGAGGAAAGGCAUUCCAAUGGCUACAGCUCCUCAGAUAAUGGGAGUGUUAGCAGCCAGGAUGAAGGCCCCAUAUAUCUAUUGGAGCAUCUGGCCACUUUUGCAGUCUCAGCUGAAACUGGUGUCGUAUACCCAGCUGAUGGGAUGCGACGGCUUCUCCAGAUGGAGAAAACCUCUGGGAUUUGGACCCAAAAGAUGCGUAUGCGCAUUGAGAAGAAAUGGGUUGUCAUAUUGGACAAUGAGAAUGGGGAUGUUGUGGAACGCUUCCCAAUGCCCUUGAUCCGUGAACCAACUGCGUUUACUAGCCAGGAUCCAAAGGAGCUGUACAACAACAUCUUCAUCUUCAUUGUCACUGAAGAUGUUGCAUCCCAUAAUCCAUCUGAAAUGCACAUCUUCCAGUGUGUGAACAUGUCUGCCCAGGAGGUAGUGGAGGAUGUGAAGUUGUUCCUAGCAGGGAAAGGAGGUCACCUGAGAGGAGGGAAAUACCGACGUCGGUCACCUGCCACAGCAGCACCUGAACAUCCCAUCAAUGGCCUCAGUGUCAGAGAACAGGUCUCUAUCUUCAAUUCCAGUGCUGCCAAUGGCCAGCAUCGUCGAAUCUCUCAAGAUUCCGAGAGCCAGCUUCGUCCAGAGGGACCAGGUGACGUGAGGCCCGGUCCAGGUUACGUGAGAGACAUGGGGACUGGUGGGGCAGGUGGGGCGGACAUGCGUGCCAAUUACAGGGACCUGGGCUCAGCAGAUGAGACAAGUUCCUCGUCCAGUGAGAAGUGCGAGAGGGACGUCAUCGUCCUCAACCGUUGCUUUGAUGACAUUGAGCGGUUCGUCGCCCGACUUCAAUACACGGCUGCUGCCCGCAAGGAGCUGGAAAGAAGACGCAACAACAGAAAGUCAAAGAAGAAGGACCUGGGAGACGGGAUGCUGUCUAUGCGAGCCAAACCCCCUCCUGAUCGUGACUUCGUCGACCUCUUCCAGAAGUUCAAACUCUGCUUCAACCUUCUGGCGAAAUUGCGAGACCACAUCCAUGACCCGAAUGCCCCAGAAUUGGUACAUUUUGUCUUCACUCCCCUGGCUUUGAUUGUAAAUGCCUCAAGGACCUACUUCUACCCGAUGGACCUGGCUGCUUCUGUGGUCGCUCCGCUCCUCACACGCGAUGCCAUUGAGCUCCUUCAUAACUGCCUCACGUCCAAGGAGAACGAGUUGUGGCAGUCUCUCGGUGACGCAUGGCUCAUCCCAAGGAGUCAAUGGAAGGGAGCAGUGGAGAACUACCAGCCAAGAUUUGAUGAUGGCUGGUCUCCAGGUUUCCCUGUGGGUCGAGAUAGGGAAGAAGAAAUUGGAGCCCAAGCUGCACAAGAGGCAAAGAAACGGCAGCUGGCUGCCAUGAAAGCUGAAGAGGAGGCUCAGGCUCACCUCAGGAACAAGAGGUACUCUCGGACUGGACCUCAACGUACAGCUUAUGACAACAUGGGAUACCUAUCUCAUGAAGAGAUGCAACAGAGUCGAUUCAGGGAAAGAUCACCAACACCACAAUCAGACAUGAGGGAUGGACUUGUGGGUGGAGAUUUCUCAACUGCUCGCAGUGACAUCUCGGCUGAUUCUAUUGAGAGGGAUCCUGAAAGGGCCUGGUUGGAACAGCUGAAGGCUCGUGUAGCUACAAUUGUUCAAGUCACUUACCCUCGCACUGGGAACAAUUCCAAGGAACUGACUGUUGAACGUGGAGAGUACCUUGAGGUGCUGGAUGACAGCCGGAAGUGGUGGAAGGUACAGAACAUGAGUGGGAAAGUAGGACAUGUUCCAAACACAAUUGUCACCCACUAUGUCCCCAAUGACCCCCAGCAGGGAUCAUCUGAGCAAGAAGAUGUCUUUGGCAACCCUGUUUACUCCCCUGAUUACCAUCCAGAUUCCCCAAGGGAGGGUGGGAUGCGUCGCCCACCAAUACAACCUGCCCCACCAGAGCGCAUCCAAAAAGAGAUGGCUGGGCGGAAAGAUGGGUAUGAAGAUUGGAAUCAAGCCCGCUGGAGGAGGGUAUCAGAUGUGUUCCCUCAUGGUCCUCCACAGCUAUAUCGUAGUCAUGAGACACAUACAGUGACUCCUCCAGUCCAACCCCCACCACCACCUCCACCACCCCCAGCUCCACCACAGCCACCACCAGCCAAGGAGCCACCCAAGGCCAGGCAGCCACCUAUCCAACAGAAUCCUCGACCCAAUGACUGGUCUCAGAGGAAUGGAUACAGCCGAAAUGCUCCUGAGGCCCCAAUUGAUGAAUUGAAGGAAGCAUUCAAGACCUUGCGUAUCCGCCAAAAGAAGCUGGAUGUUGUGCAGACUCCUCCUGUCUUCAUCACAGAGAAUUCUAGUGCAAAUGAGGUUCAGGAUUGGCUCAAACAAAAAUUGCUUCCUCCUCAAAUCUGUGAGAAGUUGAAGGGGAUGGAUGGGAAAAAGCUCUUCCGCCUCACCAAGGAGGUAUGUGAAAAGCACUUUGGGAGAGAUGAAGGAAGUCGUCUGUACUCCUACAUCACACUUUCCAAGAAUGAGACCAAAUUCAACACAGCCAGCACAUCAGAGCUGAUGAAGAUAUUGAAAGAGCGGCGAAGGAGGGCGGAGAAGGGCAAUGAAGGAAUCCCACCUGAAGUGCUUGAUUUCCAGGAUAUGCUACAAGAUGAAAUUGAGACUGAUGCACCUGAGAUGCCUCCAGAGAGUCAGGUGCAGAAUGGAGGGAUUCCAAGGCCUACAUACAAUCCACUUAAAAGAAUUGCUGCAGAAGAGGCAACAACCAAUCCCAAUGAUGCUGGUGGAGGAUCACUGAGACGACAGAUAGAAUAUCAGCGGCUCAAGCUCUACGGCCAAGUGCCAUGAUCGUUGUUGUAUGUCAUCCUACAUAUUGUAUCAUCUUCCAACUGCCAUGAUUCUUCAGUUGUCCAGUUUCCUUCCCUGUAUAAUUUGUAUAAUAGUCCAUUUUGACUUCAGUCUUGAAGCAUCCUAUUCCUGGUGUGUGAGGAAAUCUAGUCAUGCAUGGGUGUCUGAAUGAACCAGGGAAGUACACAUUCCUCUUGGGUUGGUUAUUGUGAGACUUCUUGGUUCAGAAAUUAGCAAGUAAUGAAAGAAUGCUUUGGAUGUUAAAUAUCCAAUUAUGGAAGUCAAUCAAUUGUACUUUCUGAUUUCUUCUGAGUCUUCAUAUCAUAUGUUGCUUGUACUACACUCUGAGUUCAGAAUAAAGCCUGGUAAGAUUCAAUAAA